AUGUUUUUAUCAAAGUUAUUUGCUCGAUAACUAAACCUAUAAACAAUUUAGAAGAGCAAUCUACCUAGCAGAGCCUUUUCAAGAGCAGAUAUCAAGAAGACCCUUGAUCCCAAGCAGAUUGGUAGAAGAGAUUUCCUUCACAAUGAAAUUACAAAUAACCCAGAGUUUUUCAAAGCUUACCCUCACUAUCAAGCAAUAUUUGGAAUCAGUGAAGAUGGCCAAGAAAUAAAUGAAAUGAAUCAAUACAAUCAUGAGAUCCUCACCAAUUUAAAGGACGGAGCAUCAAAAGAAGUCCCAUUCUUUAACAGUUUAUUACAUCAGCAAAAUCACUAUCUAGCCACUGAGGACAAGGAAGAGAUUAUUAGAGAUAAUGAAAAGCAUUUCGUUGAGUCUUACGAGUCUCCAGUAGGACCACUUAAGUACAUGAAUAGAAAGGAAAUCAUCAAGAUUCAUUAAAUUAUUGAUAAGAAAAUGCAGGAGCUAGAGGAUUCUGGUCUUACUAGAGAUGAAAUCCUAUAUGAUAGACAGGUAUUAACAUUUGAUAUUUUUAACUCACUUUUGUAAUAGACUGGCAUUCCAUUGGCAGAUGAUCCAUUCUUCUAGUUUGUUAAAAACAGUAAAGCUGCUAGAGAGAUGCUAAUCAAGCCGAACGAGGAAUUCACAGCAGAGAGAGUGAUUGAGAAAGCACUAAGAUAGGAUAUUGGACCUGACCCGACUCUUGCCUUAAACAGAGUUGACUAUCAAUUUGAGGACAAGAAUAAUUUGAUGUUCCAUGAGCAUGAGUAUAAAAAGAAGUAUAGAGAUAAGGACCCAGCACUAAACCCAGAGGCCUAUUUUUAUGAUAACAAAUUACUAGAAAGAAGAAAGAGAGAAAUUGACUUUAGUUAGGAAAAGCCAGCUACCUUCAUUAAUAGACCUUUAUCUAGAUCUCAACUGAGAAGGAAGCUAAUGAGAAAUUUGAGAAAGAAAGACAUUGACUGGAAAGACACUCCACUCCUUGUUAAAUUCUUGAACAGCACAGGAAAGAUCAUGAAUAGGUUUUAAACAAGACUCAAAACAAGUGUGCAAAGAAAGCUUGCCAAAACAAUUAAGAAAAUUAGGGACCUCAAUCUAAUAUCUCAUGUAGGACUUAUAAAGCCUACAGAUAAAAUUCCAAUGGGAUCAUUCAUGGAAGAUCUCGAGGAAAUGCACAAAAAAACAAUUGAUCCAGUGACUGGUAGACUGUUCUUGAAACAUUCGCUAUAGGAUGACUUGCCCACGAAGGAAAAGAGAGUGAAGGAAAUUCUUGAAGACAGAUUCUCUCAUGUAGAAAACAUACAGGACUUUAAUGCUGAUGAGAAGUCAUAAGCAAGAGCUUAAGUCAUCAGAGAAAUGACUCUUGAUGAUGAGAAGCUUAUUCCAAACAGGAAGCAGAGAAAUUGGUUGGCUGCUUAAGCUCAUAUCCUUGAGAAGGAAGGAAUAUUGCAUAUGGGAGCAAAAGAAGCAUAUGAAGAGACUUAUGAGCAAUUGAAGAAGUUAGAUCCAACUCCAGGCAGCAUGUUUGAAAUGUUUAUCGCUGAGAAGUCCUUGAACAUCAAUAGAAUUGAUGAGUUUCAUGCUGAGAGAGGUCUAAAAGUACUUCAUUAAAAAGCUGAGUAUGCCACUCUACAGCAAGAUGAAAGCGAUAAAGAAAUAAGAUCAAGAAUAUAAAAGAUAAUGGCAGAAUACGCUGACCCAAGUUUUAACAAGGUUUACAAGCACGAGAACGAACUUACUUAAAAAUGGGACAUUAGAUCAAAAGAGAGAAGAACGGCAAAUUAAUGA